UGGAGGCGCGCGGGGAUGCGAGAGAGAGGAAGGAGAAAAAAAAAAACAAAAAAAAAAACUCAACCAUCAUCAACGCGCUGGCGGUGCGGGGGUCACGAACUAUGACCUUUAACAGAAGAAAACCAAAACAAAUAUUUUAUAAUAUUUAUAAAUCUGUGUCCGCCGUGUCCCGGAGGUAAGUCUCAGUCCACGGAUUGAAAACCGUAGAAAGCUCUCUUGAGAUACCGGAUGAUAAAAGAUCGAAGCUAAUUCUUCCUGCUAGCUUGUUAGCUUGUUAGCUAGCCGAUGCGGAGCUCUCUUCCUGCCUGACUCCGGCAGCUCGGUAUCCGGGCAAGGACCGUGAAACGAUUAACGCUGAUGUGCCUUAACAGACUGUUACUAAUGAUGAGUUUGUGACACUACUGUCGACUUGAGAGAGACGUGUGCAGUCGGCUCGUGCUGCAGACGUUGGGAGAGACGGGUGCAGUCGUUAUCGUGCUGCAGCCGUUGAUUGCAGUUUGCUUGUGUUAAAGUAGCUAGUUAGCUUAAACGGCUAGCGAACACAGGAAAGCUACAGAUGAACUCGACCCUUUUACCUUUGCCUUCUCGGGGACGUGUGUUGAAAUCACUAUUACUUUAUUCAACAACGCUGCAUUUUUUUACAUUUACCACCAGGAUGUCGACAGUCGUCUUGGCUCUGCCACCUGGAAAAAGAAAAUUGCUCCCCCAAUAUAUUUAUCAUAAGAUUUGUCUCUCCAUUGUUAUUAUUGGCUGUCAGCCAGAUUGUCCAUUUUGUUCGGGGUUGUGACGCGUUGGUGGAAGGAGGAGUUGAUGGGCACUCUGUUAGACCAACCGGUGAAGAAUACGAGGCAGCAGGCUCCGCCCCUUUGGUCUGAGCGUGUGGAGCUGCAGCAGGCUCCGCCCCUUUGGUCUGAGCAUAUGGAGCUGCUGCUGCAGGCACAUCAAUCAGUUUACUCACUUAUGCUGUCAAAAUGUGUUCCUUUUAUUAGAAUUACAAACCAACAAAGACAGCUCUCCACGCUCUCUCAAAUCUCAGGUCUGGUUCAGAUUUAAGAGGUCAUAGACUCCACUUCAGGUGACAUCCCUGCAGUCAUGCGGAGGCUGGAUUUAACAGAUAAAAUAUUUACCUAUUUACCGGUUUUGAGUGACGUUUUUUUUGUGUGUUUUUAACAGUGUGUCAAAGCAAUGGAGAAAAACUGUAAUCCCAACAACAAAUGUCUGUACUACAGCACAUAAAUUCACAUAAAUCAGACAGAACGUCCCGUCUAAACAUCAUGGAGAAGAUUCGUCACAUACAAAACUUUGUAUUUCAAUCAACAUCAUAAUGCGUCCGUAUUUCUAAAGCCUUCGCAGCGUCGGCCAUGCUCCUCUGUGACAGUUUGCACCUUUUGUGGUUGAUUAUCUGUGGCAUCUUUCCAAACAGACCUCACUAAUGACCUUACAUCAUCAUGACGACCAACCUCAAUCUGCUCUCUCAGCAGAAAGUGGACUCUGAGCACGAGGCCGAGGUGUCGUCCUCUCCUUCAGACUCCAUGAUGAGCGAGUCUCCACAGCGCUUUCAGGUCGUCUCCACUGAGCCUGCUGCAACACCACAGCGAAUACAGAUUGUAACUGACCAGCAGACAGGUCAGAAGAUCCAGAUAGUGACGGCGAUGAAGCCGUCCAGCGCCCCCAAGCAGCAGUUCAUUCUGACUACGACUGACGGCUCGGGGGCCGGCAAGGUCAUCCUGGCCUCCCCGGACAGCCACAACACCAAGCAGCUCAUCUUCACUGCUGCAGACAGCCUGAUGCCAGGAAGGAUACAGAUCGUCACAGAUCCAGUGUCAAUGGAACGGUUGUUGGGGCAGUCAGGGGACCUGAGCCGACCGCAGCCGGUGGAGUACUGUCUGGUGUGUGGGGACAAGGCCUCAGGGCGUCACUACGGAGCGGUGAGCUGUGAGGGAUGUAAAGGCUUCUUCAAGCGGAGCGUGAGGAAGCACCUGACGUACAGCUGCCGCAGUAAACAGGACUGCGUCAUCAACAAACACCACCGCAACCGCUGCCAGUUCUGUCGGUUGAAGAAAUGCCUUAACAUGGGGAUGAAGACUGACUGUGAGUUUGAGUCCAAAUCCAGAAAGAAAACAGCUGUCCAGAGUGAGAGAAAGCCCAUCGACGUAGUGCCCAGAGAGAGGCAUGCCAACUGUGCUGCCUCCACCCAAAAGAUCUACAUUCGCAAGGACCUGAACAGUCCGCUCAUCGCAACGCCAACUUUUAUCUCCGACACAGAGACAGACGGGUCCAGGUCCAGCCUGCUGGACCAGGGCAUGCUGGUUAAUAUCCAGCAGCCGGUCAUCCAGAGUGAUGGAACUUUGCUGCUGGCCACUGACUCAAAGAUGGACCCUGGCCAGGGGGACUUGGGGACACUUGCCAAUGUCGUGACAUCACUUGCCAACCUGAGCGACUCACUGAGAGAGAAUCUAAACAACGGUGAUACCUCAGACAGCCAGCAUGAGGAGCAGUCCGCCAGCGAGAUAACACGUGCCUUUGACACCCUGGCCAAAGUCUUCAACCCGCCUGACGUAGGUGUUGGACAGAGUCUGGCCGAUAAGCCGCAGUGUGUCAGUGGAACAACCAUCCAGCUGAUUGGUCGAGACCAGGAGACACCCAUCAUUGAGGUGGAAGGACCGCUGCUCACAGACAGCCAUGUCGGCUUUAAGCUGACCAUGCCCAGCCCCAUGCCCGAGUAUCUGAACGUACACUACAUCUGUGAGUCAGCAUCCAGACUUCUCUUCCUCUCCAUGCACUGGGCGAGGUCCAUCCCUGCCUUCUCAGCUCUUGGUCAGGAGGCAAACACCAGCUUGGUGCGAGCCUGCUGGAAUGAGCUGUUCACUCUGGGUCUCGCUCAGUGCGCUCACGAUAUGAACCUGUCGACCAUCCUCGCUGCCAUCAUCAACCACCUCCAGAGCAGCAUCCAGGACGACAAGCUUUCGGGGGAGAGGGUGAAGCAGGUGAUGGAGCACAUUUGGAAGUUCCAGGAGUUCUGUAACAGCAUGACGAGGUUGGAGACUGACAGCUACGAAUAUGCCUACCUGAAAGCAAUAGUGUUGUUCAGCCCGGAUCAUCCCGGUGUGGACAGCAGCGGGCAGAUUGAGAAGUUCCAGGAGAAAGCCUUGAUGGAGCUGCAGGACUACGUGCAGAAAACGUACCCAGACGACACCUACAGGUUGACCCGUAUCCUGACUCGUCUCCCGGCCCUGCGCCUCAUGAACUCGGGCAUCACGGAGGAGCUCUUCUUCACCGGCCUGAUAGGUAACGUCUCUAUUGACAGCAUCAUUCCUUACAUCCUCAAGAUGGAGACGGCUGAGUACAACAGCCAGGACUGUGACCCUGCAGAAUGACCCCCCCCUCACCCCAGGGUUCACUUCAGGUACUCUUCUUCUUCGUCUCGGGGUUCACCGUUGAACACCGGUCCGAAACCCUGCAGAGGCCCCUUGUUUUUUUUUUUAAACGAUGCACGGUGUGAAGUCCUUCAGGACUCCUUGGUAGAUUAAGAUAAUCCAGGAUCGAAAAGCCAGGCUGACGGUUGGAAUGUGUUCUGGAGCGGACGCAGUGUGGUGCUCUUGAACUUGUGGCUCUGAACUCAGUCGCUCUGAGCUGAACAGAGAAGGAAUCCUCUGCAGCUGUGCUCGUCUCCUUUAAUGUCUUUAAUGGCACUUCAGGCUGAUCAGCCUUUCACAUGGUUGUAGUCUUUUCUAAGCCUUCCCACGCGCUCAUGUUGAUCACAUACAUAGUUUAGCUUCAGCUUGCAGAUACCCGAUGAGCCGUAUCAACAAGUUCAAACAGAAAUCUAACACGUGGAAGUGAAAGUUCACCUUUUUAAAGUCUCAAAAUUAAAGUACUUACUUUUCAAGUGUACUUUAAAUCUGUAAAUUAUUAGUUUAUGUUUGUAUUUGGUAAUAUUGGCGCGUAAAAUAAAACAGGUAUUUUAGUGGCCGUGCUGUUAAAAAUUGAGAAUUCAGGCUUUUACAAAGUACAGUAUGUUCAUCGAAACAUCAAAAUCAUUUUCUCUUUUUUUCCAAUUCUGAGGCCGACACCACUUCUUCAGAGGCGUUGAGACAUUAAUGUACAGCUCUUGACUUUAAAUACGUUUAAAUAAUAGUUGGAAUGAGAACUCCAAUCAGGUACAAACACAAUCUCAAACCUCAAUGAAUUGAUCCGGAAUCUGCUCUCAUGGCAUUUAUCGACCACACAGUGCAUUACGACACGACCGACAUCCCAUUUCAUCCAGUUGCACGUCAGCCGCAUGAUGACAUCUCUGAGAUUUAAACUUUGGGAGUGUUUCCAUGUUUAGGUACAUCUUGACAUUAUCACGGAUAUGUUGCUAAUAUAACCGUUGCAAUCGCCUCAUCACUUUCCCCUUUACGACAAUCAGUUCUAUGUGUUUUCCUUCUGUCCCGCCAGUUUCAAUCUGCAUUUUAUAUACGUGUAUUUAUCGAUGGCAUUUAUUUCUUUUAAAGGAACUAGAUUAUCUUAAAGAUUUUGGUUCAUAAAUGUUGCGUAUGUGUAGCCACGCUACUGUUUUUGUACUUUGUGUUUGCAUUUGUACUCCGCUAACUGCACAUCAAUCAGCUUCUGUUCCGCUGUGUUCAUGCUGACUAAGACUUUGUGUUUUGUAUGGUUUCUAAAAUGUUUGAUUUGUUGUGAACAAAUUAGCUCGUUGCAUACUAAGUGUACUUAAAGUACUUUUGGGCAGGUUUCCCCGAUUUUAAAACAAAACAAAGAAGAUUUUCUGGGAAGCGUCGAUGUCUCGACUCACCCGAUUAAUGCUUCAGAAUACCCGCAGCAUCGUGAAUGAUAACGGGAAUGUAAAGAAGGAUUAAGUCUCGUGAAAUAUAUAUGUCUCUUGUAAUAUUUGGGGUUUAAAACCCACACAGACUGUUUGUAACGGCGCUGUUGUGAGAUGACCUUUGUACAUGUAGUUUCAUUAAAAUGAGUGCAUGAUGUUUCUAAGCCGGGUUUUAUAAUCUUGUCGCCGUCUGCCCUAAUAAGGAGCAUUGUUAUCAAUUUUAUAGUGCAUUGCAGUGCAUGAAGAAGUUGCUUAAGUGCAUUUUAUUAAAUGCUGUAUGACAAAAUGUUAAUUUAAAUGUUGUGGCUUUAAAAUAUUAACCAUGAGCAGCUAACACAUUAGAGGAUAUUAGAUGAGAAAACGUCAGCUCGGUGGAGUAUCCUAUGGUUUAAAUUUUAUACUAUGUAAAUAUACUUUGGUUUUUUUUGCUCAUGUACAAUGUAAUUUCUUUAAACGUUGAGAUUGAGAAACAACAUCCAUGUUUUGCUGAAGUUUGUCACAACCCCACAUUUCUACCUCACACCGAUGAAGAUAUAAAACAGAUGUAAUAACGACGGAGCUCCUGUAUCAGCAUUCCAGUCUCUGAGGCUGGCUUCUCCGAGGCCGCACGCUAUUCAAGAAAUAAACAAUUAAGUAUGAAACA